AUGUCGUACACCUACAGCCGUGACCGAGAUUGGGAUGAGUCCCGCCCCGUCUCUAUAAAGCGUUACGUCAUUCCAGCCGAGGACGACCGUCGAGACUUCAUGUCACGACAUGACGACUAUGCCGGCGAGCGCGAGCUUGUCAUUCGGCGCAAGACCGAUCGCAGUGAGCCCAUGACCAUUUCCCGCUACGAACGAGAAGUGGACUACGAACCCCCAACUCGCCGCUAUGAGUACGAGCGAGAUUAUUAUGAUCGUGAGUCCCUACACCCCAGUGAUGCGCUUCUGCACCCCCACUCUCGUCUUCGGCCACCCAUGGAUCCCCAGGAGCGAGUGGAGCCCCAUACAUCUCAUAUCAUACAAGAAAACAUGCUCAUUUAUCAAGCCCGCGAAUCCGAGUACAAUGUUGUGCGCCGCUCCGAAGUCGACGAAGAUCCGUACUACUACGCCAGACAUCGCCGAGUCCGCGAAUACGAUGACCGACGUUCUCGUCGGGAGCUGAGCCCCGGAGACUCGAUUUCCCAGACAAGUCACCGCCGUGGCGAGCGCGAGGACUACAGCAGCGAUGAUAGCAUGGUCUACAUUCGCAAAGAGACCCGUGACGUUGAUGACCACCCCCACCACCGCCGUCACCUCGCAGAAGGUGCAUUGGUCGGUGUUGGAGCAGCAGAAUUGAUCCGUAGUCACCGCAAGCGGGACGGCGAAGAUGUCAGCGAUGGCGUCGGUCGUCUGGGUAAGACCCUUGGCGCGGGUGCUCUCGGAGCAGUGGCUGUCAACGCUGCUUCGCAUGCACGCGACUACUACCGCCGUAGUAAGAGCCGUCACCGUGCACACUCAUUUGAUGACGAACGUUCGUCCCACCAUCACAGCCGCCACAGCCGUGGUCGUCAUCACAGCCGAAGUCGUAGCCGCUCUCACUCGCACUCGCGUGCGAAGACCCUUCUUGAGCUUGGUGUGGGUGCCGCUGCCGUGGCGGCCGGUGUGGCUGCAUUGCGCAGCAAGUCCAACAACGACCGCAAGAGCCGAUCUCGCACUCGCUCCCGUUCUCGUGCUGCCAGCAGAGGUCGCUCCCUCAAAGACGGCAAAGAUUCCGAGCGUAGCAUGUCUGAGCGUCGCAAGCACAUGGCUGGCGCCGGUUUAGCUGGUGCAGCCGUUGCAGGACUUGUCGAGAAAGUCCGAAGCCACUCACGCUCUCGAAAGGGCGAGCGUUCCCGUUCUCGCAGCAAGUUUAGACAGGCCCUCCCCAUUGCAGCUGCUGGCCUAGCCACCGCUGCAGCUACUGGUCUUUAUGAGAAGAAGAAGAGCGAGAAGGAUGACAAAGAAGGUGUGAGCGCGCACCGUGGCCGCCAUCGCUCCAGAUCCCGCAGUCGAGCCCCUUCAGAGGCUUUCCCCGAUCCUGCUCGUGAUUCAGCCGGGCUGAUUGAGUACGGAAACCACCCAGUUGCAGGCAGCAUUCCAGCUGAGCACUAUUAUGGUGCACCUGUCAGCCCUGGUGGCCCUUACUACUCUGAUGGACAUGAGGCCUAUGCUCCACGCCGCCAUAGCCGAAGCCGCAGUCGCAGCCGUGGUGCCCGCUACAGCAGCUCUGAUGGCUCUGACAAGGAGCGCCGCCACCGCCAGAAGCACCGCAGCCGCUCGCGUGAUAUUGCAUCGGCCGCACUAGGUGCCACUGGGCUCGGUUAUGCAGCUCACAAGUACUCCCAGCGUAAGGACCGUGAGAAGUCCAAAGAGCGUGAGCACUCUCGGUACGAUCACGAUCCGAACCGCGAUCCUUACGAGGAGUCCUACGACCCUGAGCCCUACCCGCCUUCGCCCCACGCCGCAGCUCAGGGCCCACCCGGGGGUAGCGACCCCCACUACUAUCCAAACAACAACUACUUCCCCCUCCGCCGGGCGACUCGACUCAUAAUCUCAACACCACCCCUGCCCCCUACAACCCAGGCGACUACCCUCCCCCCCCUGCCCCAGCCUUACGGUUAUGGAGCUGUUCCACCAGGCCCAGGCAUGGGACCAGAAACUUACGCUCCCCGACCUCGUAGGGCAGAUGAGAAUGUGAGCCCUCCCUCCUCUGAUGAGAACACCGUGCAAGAUGGUCUAAAGAGCCACAAUCCAUAUCCCUCAUCUCCAGCUCGGUCUAGGUCAAAUAGCCAACCGCCCCAGUCGUCAAGCUCCAAGUCUGUUGCUUUUGACUUGACACCAGACAAAGGCUACGAGACAGAUGACAGUGAUGAUACCAUUGGCCCUGAUUCGCACAGUGGAGGCAGAUCCCAUCGCCACCACCGUCGACGACGCUCUUCCUCUGUUCCCCACUCCCCCGUUUCUCGCCAUGAUUCUGCUUCCCAUUCUUCUCGCCGCCAUGAUCACCGCUACUCUUCCAACGGAAAACACCGGUCUUCCGGAGCAGAUCUAGACUCAGACUCAACAGAGGAUUUACCAGACCGCUUUGACUCCCACGGCCGUCUCAUCCAAGAACGUGAUCCUACCCUUGAGAAAAUCGAGGAUCUAGUAACUCGCUUCAGCAAGGUGCUUUUCUGA